AUGGAGUCGGGCGGCGCAUGCGCGAAACGCCGCUCCGACGGGCCUGCCUGCCGCCGGCUGGUCGCUACUACCCGUACGCGAACGGGUCUCUCUGGCCGCCACUCUCUUUUGUUAACGACGCUUCGCCGUCGUCGGCGACAAUACACCGAAGGGAAAACCGGUUGUGGUGUUGUGAGCUCUCUCUCACUCUUUCCAAUGGCGGCCGGGCCGGACGACCGAUCGGCACAACAUUCCACGCUCGGCGUGUCGUCUCCGCACCGCCGCCGACCGACUCCGAUGGCUGUGCGGCAGACGGUCGGCCGGCCAGCCAGCCAGCCACCGGUUCGCGAGCGCUAG